GUUUUAGAGGAAUGAAAUGACACUCAGAGGCAACUUUCUCGAGAACAAAAUGCCAGGAUAUUACAAGAUGGGAUCCUUGCAAAUCACCUGUGCAAACAAAAGGAGAUAGAAAUGGCACAAAAGAAAAUUACUUCGGAGGUUUCUGUUAGUCAUGAGAAAGAAAAGGAUCUGUUGCAUAAAAAUCAGAGGCUACAGGAUGAAAUUGCCACAUUAAGACUGGAAAUGGACAUGAUAAGAAAUCAUAACCAGGAAAAAGAAAAGAACUAUCUUGAUGACAUUAAAGUUGAGAAUGAAAAGAAUGAUAAACUUCAAAGGAUGAUAAAACUGAACGAAGAAACAUUUACAAAAACAGUGUUCCAGUACAACGGACAGCUUAAUAUUCUGACAACUGAGAACACAAUGCUGAGUUCUAAACUGGAAAAUGAAAAUAAGGAAAGGCUGGAAGCAGAAAUUGAGUCAUACCGUUCUAGGCUGGCUUCUGCUGUGCAUGACCACGGUGAGAUCCAGACCUCGAAAAGGGACCUGGAAGUUGCUUUCCAGAGAGCACGGGACGAGUGGCUUCAUUUGCAGGACAAGCUGAAUUUUGAAAUAUCUAACCUCAAAGAUGACAAUGAGAUUCUUUCCCAACAGCUUUCUAACACUGAAAGAAAAUUCAACAGUCUAGAAAUUGAGUUUCAUCAUACAAGAGAUGCUCUUAGAGAAAAGACUUUGGUUUUAAAACAGGCAUGGAGAGACCUAAGCCAGACACAGUGCCAAAUGAAGGAAGUUGAGCACAUGUAUCAGAGUGAGCAAGGGAAGGCGAAUAAAUACAUUGGAAAGCAGGAAUCUAUACAGGAGAGAUUAUCUCAACUACAGAGUGAAAACAUGUUGCUUCGGCAACAAUUAGAUGAUGCUAACAACAAAGCUGAUAAUAAGGAAAAGACAAUAGUUAAUAUCCAAGACCAGUUUCAUGAUAUUUUUAAAAGACUUCAAGCUGAGAGUGAAAAACAAAGUGUGAUGCUCGAAGACAGAAACAAGGAGUUAAUUGAUGAAUGUAAUCAUUUAAAAGAAUGUGUCAGUAUGAAAAUGAGAAAGCAGAAAGAGAAACUUCAAGCUGAGAGUGAAAAACAAAGUGUGAUGCUCAAAGACAGAAAUGAGGAGUUAAUUGAUGAAUGUAAUCAUUUAAAAGAAUGUGUCAGUAUGAAAAUGAGAAAGCAGAAAGAGAAAAACAUUCCUGUUUCCAGCAAAUGCAGCUUAGAUCGUAUUCCCAACACAAAGGUAGUUGUGAGAGACCUUCAACAAGAACUAGCUGACACCCUAAAAAAGCAGUCCAUGUCAGAGGCCUCACUGGAGGUCUCCUCACGUUACCAUGUUAACUUAGAAGAUGAGACACGAAAUUUAAAGAAGAAAUUAGGUCAAAUCUGAACCCAACUUUUCAUUUCUUUAUUUCAUUUGGAAGAAGCCCAGAGUCAGCACACUGAUGCUGUCCAGUGUGCUGAGAGGAUGCAAGACAGCCUAAAUCUAAAUAAAACUGAAAAUUCCAAGUUCAAAAGUACAAUAAAAAAGCAAUCAGGGAAAAUUCAACAGCUUCAGGAAAGCCUGUCAAGUGCAAACUUGUCUGAAGAGGAGAAGGAAAAGCUGAAGAAGCUUACUGAAUUGAAUCAAUCUCUGGAAUAUACUUUGGAUGAAGAACAGAAGAAAAACAGUGAAUUUGAAAAAGAACUGACAGAGUAAGAUUUUACUGUUAAAAUGACAAAAAAAGAAUUAAAUGAACACAAAAACAAAGAGUUCAGUCUCCAUCAAGAUAUAAAAACCAGUCAGUUUGAAAACGAUAUGCCAACUAACAUGCUGAAAAACAAGAUUGAUGAUCUUACAGCAAAACUAGAAAUUGCAUCUUCAAAAUGUCUACAUCUGGAUAAAAAAAAUCAACUUCUUCAGGAGGAGUUAUUAUCUAUGAAAACUAUACAAAAGAGAUGUGGAAAGCUAGAGAAGAACAAAAAGAAAUUGGAACAAGAAGUAGUAAACCUCAAAAGUCACAUGGAAAAGACCCUGGUAGAACUUGGCCAGGUAGAGCAGUAUAAACGGGAGAUUGAAGAGAAAGCAAGGCAGGAGCUGGUGGAAAAGUUAAAGCAAGUCAAUCUGUUUUUGCAGACACAAGCAGUAUCUCAAGAAAACUUAGAGCAAUUAAGAGAACAGAAUACUACUUCCUUAAGAAACCAGAUGGAAGUCAGAAUUAAAGACCUAGAAUCUGAGCUCUCUAAAAUGAAAACUCAAGAAGAUUUUGAUAAACUAGAACUACAAAAGUAUAAGCAGCUCUAUCAUGAAGAAUUCAAAGUUAGAAAAUCAUUGUCAAACUAA